AUGGGUCUCACAGCAGACCACCAGCGGCAUCGGUCCUCUGGCGCCUCUGCCGCGCAUCGCGCCGUCGAGUUCGCGCAACAGGCCGAGAAGCUCUCGCACCACACCGUCCAGAACAACGAGCACCCGGACGCCGUCGCCGUCGAGGCCGUCUUCGUCACCCCUCAAGACCCCGUCAUCGUGACGGCCGACGGAAACCGGCUGCCAGCCGUGCCCCUCGAAGAAGCCCAUAAGUUGAACAUGCUGAAGGAGGAGCUGAAGAACGAAUCGCCGCAGCAUGCGAUCGAACACAUUGAGGAGAACGAGCACGCUGAGGAGGAGGAGGAUGAACACGCGCCGCCGGACACGCGCGCUGGGGAGGAUUCGACGAAGAACCUGCUGAAUAUAUCGUCCGAUGCGAAUGGCUCCGCCAUGCAGAAGUCUGCCAGGGGCUCGUUGGAGCAAUCGAUGCCGCCAUCGCACACGAACCCCCUAUUUCCACCCCUGCCCCUGUACGGGCCCCCCUCGAUUCUCCGCAACCUCCAAUGCAACAUCUUCCGGAUCUCGGCGUUCUUUCUGAGUGCAGGGUUCCUGGGGGUGAUUGUCCUUGGAUCUCUGUUCACAAGUAUACCCAUAUGGUCAGCAAGGUUAUGGAGGCGAUUGACUUUCCGCCAUCCGGACGCUACGAGACCGUUUCAUGAGGAGGAGGUGCGGAGGGCGAACCUGCGCAGGGAACAGGAGAGGUCGUGGAAGAGGAGGACAUCCCAGGAUCGGGGUCCCGAGGACCACGAAAACUCCGCAGGCGACGGGGGUUUCGUCCCGACCGAGGGCGGGCCGGAUCCCGUCAUUUGCGAUGUCGCAUACUACGCGCGACGCGUCGGCCUCGACAUCGAGGAGUACCAGGUGCAGACCGAAGACGGAUUCAUUAUCGACUUGUGGCAUGUUUACGACCCUACAGAAUACACGAGGUUAGACGAGUCGGAAAGGGCAUAUCGCGGACCGGAAACGUUCACGGGCGAGAACAGAAAGCGGCUCAAGGACCCGAGCCCGAAGCGCAAGUUUCCCGUUCUGCUCAUGCACGGUCUCCUCCAGAGCGCUGGCGCGUACUGCGUCAACGAUGACGAUUCGCUGGCUUUCUAUCUGUGCAAGUCUGGCUACGAUGUCUGGUUGGGCAACAACCGGUGUGGGUUCAGACCGAAACAUGUCUUGCUGGACUACACGGAUCCGCGCAUGUGGGCUUGGAACAUCCGUCAGAUGGGCGUCUUUGACCUGCCGGCCCUGACCUCGCGCGUGCUUUUCGAGACUGGGUUCGAGAAGAUUGGCCUUGUCUGCCAUUCGCAGGGCACUACCGAAACCUUCGUUGCUCUGGCCAAAGAACAGCGGCCGGACCUGGGGGAGAAGCUCACCGUGUUCUGUGCGCUCGCGCCAGCAGCCUAUUCCGGUCCUUUGAUCGGCAAGAUGUACUUCAAGUUCAUGCGCGUGAUAUCGCCGGCCUUGUUCCGGAUCAUGUUUGGGAUCCAUGCCUUCAUACCCCUGAUGAUGACCAUGCAUGCCAUACUCCCGGCCAGCAUCUACGGGUGGCUCGGCUACAAGGUCUUCUCGUUCCUGUUCGACUGGACCGAUCUACGAUGGGAACGCGCUCUGAAAACUCGGAUGUUCCAGUUCGCACCCGUGUACGUGAGCGCCGAGUCGAUGCGCUGGUGGCUCGGCCGGGAGUGCUUCGCCAAGCACAAGUGCAUCCUUUCUACAAAGGAGGAGUGGCAGACGGAGGAGAGAGAAGACGAGACGGACGGGCCGCUGGCCGACACGAACAGUCAGCAGCGCAGAGACUCGGCCGUGUCGCAUACUCACAGGCCGGAAGAGUCUAGACAGCGGGGUAAGAAGCAGACCAAGGGCUCUCGGGCGUGGUACAACGAGCAAGUCUGCCCGUUCGCCAUCUGGGUGGCCGGCAACGACGACCUGGUCGACGGCAGGAGACUCCUGCGGCGCUUCGAGCGUGGCAGAGAGCCCCACGUCAGGAUGGUCCACAGCAAGGUGAUCCCCGAGUACGAGCACCUCGACGUCAUCUGGGCCAUGGACGCCGUCAACCAGAUCUUCACCGAGGUGCGGGAGGUGCUGUGGAAGACGUGCGAUGCCCGGGACAGGUGUAGGGUCCCGAAGGGCUGCGAGAGCGUGGAUGCCUGGACACCACCUACGAGCACGGCCAACGACGACGACGACGAAGAGGAAGCCGAACGAUCGAGCAGCGACUCGCCGUAA